GAGCGCAGCGCGCGCGAGCUGGGGCCGGUGGGUACGAUUGGAAGGUACUUCUCUAGGUAGCAUCUGGCCGCCGAGGCAUUUGAAUUCGCGUGGGCGAACGAUUAGAGAGAGGCUUUAUCUUUUCGUUCUCCUUCCCCCCUCUGGAUGAUGGUGAUGAUUUUAUCUUGGCUCUUUAACUCUUCCAGUACCCGAUCCCUCUUUUCCAAGUCCUUGGAGUUUCCGCUUCUGAGGCAUGAUGGCUCUCACAUCUCGCUCGCUCUCGUUUCUCCUUUUUCGCUUUAUCUCGUAGAGUCUUGACGAGCAAAGAAAAAAGAGGAAAGUGGAUCAUGGCUUGCAGCAGCUCCUCAGGAUCGCGGAGACCCAGCGCUUGCCUGCUCGAUUUCGUCGACGAGCACAUUCUGCUCGAGGUCCUGGGAAAGAUCUCCGACAGUUUCGACCGGAGGAGCUGGCGGAUGGUCUGUAGAACUUUCUACAAAUUGGAGUGUAGUGUGCGCAGGCGGCUCCAGCUUCUCCGGGCCGAGCUCCUCCCCCAAGCUCUCGAUCGAUACGAGCGCUUGGAGGAGCUCGACUUGACGUGCUGCGCCGGUGUCACGGAUGAGAAUCUCAUCCAUGUCGCGGAUAAAGCUGGGAAGCGGCUGGCAGCCAUCUAUCUUAACAGGAUCUGUGGGUUCACGAGCACUGGCCUGCGCUACUUAUCUCAACACUGCCUCUCGCUCGUAGAGAUGGAUCUUAGCUAUUGUUCUUAUGUGGAAGACGAUGGACUUCUCGGCUUAGCCCGGCUCAACCGGAUAGAAAAACUUAAGCUCACUGGCUGCAUUAGAGUCACAGACAUGGGAUUGGAGAGCUUAGCAGCAGGAUGUCACAGGCUGAAAACUCUCGUCCUCAAAGGCUGUGUGGCGAUCACUGAUGCUGGCAUUAAGCUCGUCGCUGCUCGCAGCGAGGAGCUAAUGAUCCUUGAUCUUUCCUUCACUGAGGUAACGGACGAAGGUGUUAAGUAUGUUUCGGAGCUCAAGGCACUGAGAACUCUAAAUCUCAUGGCCUGCAACAAUGUUGGAGAUAGAGCUCUUUCGUAUCUGCAGGAGAACUGCAAGUCGCUUGUGGAUUUGGACGUUUCUCGUUGUCAAAACGUGAGCUCUGUUGGGAUUGCAGCAUUGCCAACGUUGCUCACCUUACAUCUCUGCCAUUGCUCUCAGGUAACUGAAGACGCUUUCCUCGACUUUGAGAAACCGAACGGCAUACAAACGCUGCGGCUGGAUGGUUGCGAAUUUACGCACGACUCGCUCGAUCGCGUCGCGGCGGGAUGCCAAGAACUCAAGGAGCUCAGCCUGUGCAAAAGCCGAGGGGUGACGGACAAGCGCAUCGAUCGACUUAUCACGUCAUGUAAAUCCUUGAAGAAGCUCGACCUUACUUGCUGCUUCGACGUCACUGAAAUCUCGCUCCUGUCUAUCGCCAGGAGCAGCACCUCCAUCAAGAGCCUCAAGCUGGAGUCGUCCCUCAUGGUCAGCGACAACAGCCUUCCUAUGGUUUUCGAGAGCUGCCAUCUUCUCGAGGAACUCGAUGUCACAGAUUGCAAUCUUACAGGGCUUGAGCCGAUCGGAAAUUGUGUCCUUCUCAGGGUCUUGAAGCUGGCAUUUUGUAACAUCUCCGACUAUGGGAUUUUCUUCGUUGGAGCUGGUUGUCACAAGCUUAUGGAGCUUGAUCUCUACAGGUGUCGAUCUGUCGGAGAUGCCGGAGUGAUCUCGGUCGUCAACGGCUGCCAGGACCUGAGAGUACUGAACUUGUCCUACUGCUCUCGAAUCUCGGACGCGUCCAUGACAGCCAUAGCUCGCCUCAGCAAGCUCAGCCAGCUAGAGAUUCGAGGAUGCACACUCGUCACUUCCGACGGCCUCACGCAAGUCGCGGCGGGAUGCAAGCGGCUCGUGGAGCUAGACAUCAAACGCUGCACGAGAAUAGGCGAUCCCGGACUACUUGCGCUAGAACACUUGUGUCCGGACCUGCGACAGAUCAAUGUGUCCUACUGCCCGCUCACGAACAACGGGAUGAUGGCGCUCGCCAAGCUCGGCUGCAUGCAAAACAUGAAGCUCGUCCACCUCAAGAACGUCUCCAUGGAAUGCUUUGGAAACGCGCUGCUCAACUGUGGAAGCCUCAAGAAGGUGAAGCUUCUUUCCUAUGUCAAGCAGUCCUUGGCUUCCGGGGUGGUGGAGCAACUGGAAAAUAGGGGGUGCAGGCUGCGAUGCAUGGACAAGCCAGAUUCAUAGGACCUGUGACUAAGUAAAAGAAAACAAAGGCCUUAGAUUUUGGAGCAUCAGAGUAGACAAGCAUUGUUUCUCUAGACAAGUACACAGGUUUUUGCUCUAGGAGCUGACCUUCUAGGAGCUGAUCCGGUCUUGGAUCUCCUGCUUGGAAGCUCUUGAGGGAGAUCCUUCUCAAAGCCUAGAAAAGAGAUAUAGAUGUUAGAUUUCCAGAUGCAAACUUUCUACUUACUUUCAACUGGAUGAGCUUCCUUCCAUUCA